UUCCAGGGACUAGAGAGGAACUGUUUGACGCGCUAAUGUAUUGGACUCGGACUGAGCAAUAGCUAGAAGAAAGAGAGAGGGAAGAGGAGAGAGAAAGGGGAGAGAAAGCUAGGUCCUAGUUGAACAUAGAGACGUAGCUAGCUAAUUUUGGGACCCACACUUGGCGCCAAUCUGGCUGAAAAUGAAAGGUGUCUAGUGUAUGGAUUGUAAAUUACAAUCUAGCUAACUAUUUGCAGUUAAUUACUCACUGGCUAGCUAAGUUAGCUGUUUUUAUUUCUACUAGCCCCCUUCACAUUGAACAUACGUAGCUAGCGAUUAUAACGUUACCUUGCAAAGUGCAGUGGAGCUAACUAGCUAGCUGGUUAGCAGAUCUCUUGAAGGUGGUCGUUUAAAUACAACAAUAUGGGGCGGAAGUCAAACCGGGCGAAGGAGAAGAAACAGAAGAGGCUGGAGGAGCGAGCCGCCAUGGAUGCGGUGUGCGCCCGCGUGGAGGCCGCCAACAAGCUUGAGGACCCUCUGGCAGCGUUCCCCGUGUUCAAAAAGUAUGACCGCAAUGGGUUGAACCUGCAGAUUGAGUGUAAACGGGUCUCGGCUCUGAAUUCCAACACGGUGGACUGGGCUUAUGAACUGACCAAAACCAACAUGCAGACUCUCUAUGAGCAGAGUGAGUGGGGCUGGAAGGAGAGGGAGAAGAAGGAGGAGAUGAUGGACGAGAGGGCCUGGUAUCUCCUGGUGCGUGACGCUGACUCCGCCCCCCUUGCGUUCUCUCACUUCCGAUUCGAUGUGGAGUGUGGGGAGGAGGUGUUGUACUGUUACGAAGUGCAGCUGGAGAGCAAAGUGAGGCGGAAAGGCCUGGGCAAGUUUCUCAUCCAGAUUCUCCAACUCAUUGCCAACAGCAUGCAGAUGAAGAAGGUCAUGCUGACAGUAUUCAAACACAAUCAUGGUGCUUACCAGUUCUUCAGAGAAGCCUUGCAGUUCGAAAUAGACGAAAACUCGCCCAGCAUGUCCGGUUGCUGCGGGGACGACUGCUCCUACGAGAUUCUGAGCCGGCGGACGAAAUUCGGGGAGUCUGGGGGCCACGGGCACGGUGGGGGACAUUGUGGGGGCUGCUGCCACUGAGGCAGGGAGGACGGGUCUCAGUGAAACACCGCCGGGCCCUCGACCACCACCCUCAUCGACCCUUAUCCCGACACGGUCCUUGGAAAUAUUCAGCCCCCUUACCUCCUUAUCCCCCUUAUUCCUGCUGUUAACACGUGUCCUUGAUUCUGGUGCCUCCAGCCCAACCGCUUAGAAUUGCAUACAGUCCCUCCAGUGUGUCGAUAUCGUUUUUUUCUUACCGGGUUUCGUAUGAAAGGGAUAGCAAUAAGGCUCCUGUUGCAUAUCAGACUUCCCCCCCCCCCCCCCCUCCCCCCUGCUACUUACAAGACCACCUUGUGUAAAUAUUGGGCUCAGAAUACAGCCCAAAGGAUUUUAAGUACCUUUUUUCUUACUCGGAAUUUGUAAAAAUUCUUUACAGUAUGACUGCAUCUGGAGAUUCAUUAAGCCGAAGCUAUGGGAGGUUUAUUGCUAUUUUUGUUAACCGCUCCUUCAAGGCUACGCGCAAGGGUCGGCUGAUUAUUAUGUGGAAAUAUUUAUAAGGAUAUCUUGGUGUACAAUUUUUUGCGUUAUUUACAACUUGACCUCAACCAUGGUCCGUUGCCUCAGGUUAUCAAACAACAAAACAUUUUCUGUUGGAGACGAGAGAGCAGUGUGCAACUGUGGUGGGGUUGAGUUUGACGGGGUUGGAGGACAGGAGAACUGGUAUUAAGAGGGGUUAACGUUUAAAUAGAAAUCCUUAGUUUCAAAUCUUUUAAUAUUUUAUUUUUUAUUCUUACCAUGCCUUUGUCAUAACAGGUCAAAAUUCUGUCCCACGUCCCUCUUCAUAUUUUAUAUCUAUCAAGUUUUUUGGUUGGUCCUCAUGUAUAUAAUCUGUUUUCCUGUUCACGUGAUUUGCUUUUGCAGGCGAGACUUACGGAAAAUACAUAAUAAAAAGCUUGAGUUCACAAGAAUCUUGCUCUGAGGAAGGGAACCAGUGACAUUUCUGCCUUGUCUGUGUUCUGUUUGUAUGCCCUGAAAUAAACUUGUUCAACUUCUAA